AUGUUCUUACCUGUACUAUCGAUGGUGAUUUUGGCAUUAGCCAGUUCGUGCAUACAACCCGCGUCGAGUGCAAGGAUAUUAGCCGUGGAGACAGUCGGAGGUAAAAGCCACUGGAACUUUAUGAGUGGUAUACUACGGGCGUUGGUGAACAGGGGUCACAACGUCACUGUAUUCACACCGUUUACCGACGGUAACAGCGAAAACUAUACCGAAGUGGAUAUAUCUAAAGGACAUAUGAAAUUUCUGGACAUGGAUAUCAAAGAGAUGAGGCUUAAUGUCCUUACAGUGAUGGAUUUGUUGGUAGAGACAAGUAGAAUGCAGUGUGAUCUAGUGUAUGAAAAUAGUAAAAUGAAAGAAGUGUUGGAUAGUAAAAACACAGAUUUUGACCUGGUUAUAAUUGAAAACUUUGCCACAGAUUGCGUAUCGUACAUUGCAACUAAGCUCAACUUGCCUUUGAUUUACGUUACACCAAUGCCAACCAUUGGGUUUAUGGAACGCGCCAGCACCGGACAUAUCUUAAAUCCAUCAACGGACACACAUAUAUUUUCUUUGCAUGCUAUUCCAAAAACGUUCAUUCAAAGAUUAACCAAUAUGUGUUUGUCUACUUACUUCAAAAUUGCGCAAGAAUACAAAGAACUAGUUCUGAAAUAUACAGAUCCGAAAAAAUAUGAUUUAACCAAACUUAUCUCACCAUCAUUGAUAUUCGUAAAUAGACAUUUCAUAACUGAUGCACCAACUUCUAAACCAACAAACGUUAUCAACAUUGGUGGAAUUCAUUUAAAGACAGCUCAAAAGUUACCAAAAUCACCACAUGGAGUUGUUUAUUUCACUUUUGGUUCGACCAUAAAAAUGUCUUCGAUACCGGAAGAAAUAAAAAAAGCGUUAUUGGAAGUCCUAGCACAAAUUCCUCAAAAAGUGUUGUGGAAAUAUGAAAACGAUCUAGAAGACAUACCGAAAAAUGUGAUGGUUAGAAAGUGGUUACCACAGCGUGAUAUACUUUUGCAUCCAAAUGUGAAACUAUUCAUCAGUCACGGAGGUAUAUCUGGGGUAUACGAAACCUUAGACGCUGGGGUCCCGGUUCUUGGAUUCCCCGUGUCUGGUGAUCAACCUAGAAAUUUAGACAAUUUAGUGAAUGCGGGAAUGGCUAUUUCGAUGGACCUCUUGUCUAUAACAAAGGAUAGUUUCUUAAAAAAUAUUUUAGAACUUCUCAACAAUAAAAAGUACAAGGAAAAUGCUGAAACCGCUUCAAAAAUAUUCAAAGAUCGACCAAUGUCGCUUGAAGAAUCUGUUGUUUACUGGACCGAGUAUGUUCUUCGGCACAAAGGUGCACCACAUUUGAAAUCUCAUGCAUUGAAUCUAAGCUGGUAUGAAUACUACUCAUUAGAUGUAUUAGCUUUAUAUGGUUUAAGUUUUUCUAAAAGCUAUAAAUCAAAGUCUGAAUAA